AUGUCGUCUUCUGGUCGUCCGAAGGUCGUGGUAUGUCGCGAUCUGGGGCCAGAUGUCAUGAAGCUUUUGUACGAGAGGAAGGACCUCGAAGUCGUUGUGUGGCCUGAGGACCAAAUAUGCGACAGACGGUGGCUGUUGGACAAUAUACAUGGCGCGUCGGGCGUGCUCGUCUUUCUGACGGACAAGGUCGACGACGAGCUUUUGGAUAGAGCUGGACCGAGCUUAAAAGUGGUGUCCACGAUGUCCGUCGGAUACGACCAUGUCACCCUCCCGGCCGUCUCUCGAAGGCAUGUCCGGGUCGGCUACACGCCAGACGUCCUUACAGAUGCAGUGGCAGACCUGUCCGUGAUGCUCGCCCUCAUGGCCGGCCGAAACGGCGGCGAGACGGUGGCUAUGGUGCAGAACGGCGAGUGGCCAGGCUUCAACUGGGCGCCCUUUGGGUUCUGCGGCCCCCAGCUCAGCGCGGGCCCGUUCGCGUCGACGCGCACGGUCGGCUUUCUCGGCUUUGGACGCAUCUCGCAGGCGACUUUGGCCCGCCUGGUCCCGUUCGGGAUCACGCACUGCAUCUAUACCUCGAACCCAUUGUCCCCGCCGAAGCCCGAGUUCGAGGCCUCCCUCAAGGCGCAGCAUAAACUUCAGGCUGUCCGGAAGGUUUCUCUGGACGAGCUAGCCGCGGAGAGCGACGUCUUGUUCGUGCUAGCGCCCGGAGGCGACGCUACGAAACAUGUCGUCAACGAGACGUUCCUGAGGAGAAUGAAGAAGACGAGCGUGAUCGUCAACACGAGCAGAGGGACGCUCAUCGACUCGGACGCACUCGUCAAGGCGCUCAGAGAAGGCUGGAUAUGGGGUGCUGGAUUGGACGUCGUAGAGGGCGAGCCGAAGAUCGGCGCGGACCACCCAUUGGUGAAGGAGCCGAGAUGCAUCGUGGUACCGCACAUAGGGAGUGCAACGUUCGAGACGAGGUUGGGGAUGGCGACGUUGGCGGUGAAGAAUUUGUUGGCUGGGAUAUCUGGGGCCGCCAUGCCGGCCGAGCUAAGUUUAGAGGGCAGGGCAUGA